AUGCAGAAUGGCACUGAAGGAAACAACUUCUACAUCCCCAUGUCCAACAGGACUGGACUUGUAAUAAGUGCCUUUGAAUACCCUCAGUUCUACUUGGCAGAUCCAUGGCAAUUCUAUCUGCUUGCUGUCUACAUGUUUUUCCUGAUCUGUUUUGGAUUUCCCAUCAACGGUCUGACCUUGUAUGUCACAUCCACAAACAAGAAGCUCCAGCCACCCCUCAACUUCCUUUUGGUCAACUUGGCUGCAGCUGGAAUGAUCAUAGUAAUCUUUGGAUUCACUAUCACCUUCAUUGGCUACUUUGUCUUUGGACCUAUGGGCUGUGCCAUCGAAGGUUUCAUGGCUGCACUCUGA